AUGCCUUACACCUACUAUACAUCCUCUGCUACGGCAUGCACUGCCAACCCUAGCCACACCUACACCAACGACCAUGCUAGUACCACUGCCCAACACGGCUCAACUGGCACACGGGCUCGUCCAAAGGGCCAGAAACCACGAGUGGAUCAUGAAUAUAAUGGGAAUAAGGAAGAGCGCAUGAAGAAUGAUCUUAUCGGCAUCGGUGCCCACUUCGAAGGCAAGUAG